GUGAUCAGACCGUGUGCCCCGUGUUGCUGGCCAACUGGAACUGGAACUUCUCCCACUACCUCGUGAUAUUAUCGCUGCUACUAAACCCCCCCUAAGUAGUGCUCCAGGUGAUACGCUGGCCUGCGUUCUCACUAAUACACGGCAGUCCAGGGUGGUGCGGGCGCGCGCCACGCACCAUUGUGACACGGUGCAGGUGGUUUUCGGCCGUCCAUACAAGCCACUACAAAAAGAUGGGUAACGUACUGUGCAAAGAACCAAAUCCCGGAUCAGCCUCCAACGCCGGAAACACAUUCAGCAACUUGAGCAGCAUCAUCUGUCCGAAUGGUUUGGGCAAGGGAAAGACGCAACCCAUGCGUAAAACUUACUUCACACGCAGCGCUGUUGAUGCAUCGAAGAAAACAUCAUCCGGCCAUACGACAUCCACCGGUUGGCAGAGCGUAGGCUUGCACGUGCCGGAUGGAGCGAGCAACAAAGUCAUCGAUACGCCUCCGGUGGCACCACCACGGAAGAAACGAGGCGCAACCCUGGAUGGACGAUACCGGUCCGAUGAAGCACUGAAGGUGAAGAACGGCUUCCAGGAUGUGUUUGGGCGUGAAAGUAGACGGCAUUCGUGUGAUAUUACGCACGGAACACGCCCAGCCAGCGUACCUCCGAGGCGUUUGGAAGAAAGCCUUCCGGCUAUGCCGGCUCGUCAGACAUCCUGCUUCGAAAUUGACGCGAGCAAUGAUGCGUUCAGUGAUUUCUCGAAGGUCCCAACGACGGCCGAACUGGAGAGAUCCCCUGCAGCACAGAUACCACGUGUUGGCAAUCGGAAAUCCGAUCGAUUCUUCGGUGAACACCUAUCCGAUUCCUUGAGCCCUGAGCAGGAAACAAAAGAGUCCCAGGAAAGGCCAAGACGACGCGAAAAGUCCGUCCCUAAAGAUGAUGUAGAUAAGAUUGAAAAGUUUGUAGAGAAAAUGGAGGACACCAAACCGGUGGAGGUGAGCACGACCCAGAAGGUUGCGGUUCAGAAGUCCGCAGACACUUCCAAACAGCGUCAGAAGGACACCGAAAAGGAUGACGUGCCAGCAGCAUUACCUAAAACUGCUCCACCGGACGAUGCUCCAGCGGGCGAAAAUGAUGAAGAACUGAUCAAGUACAUCGAUCGGACGGUUUCGGGAAACAGUCAGCUAGGCAGUCGAGCGGAGUUUCUGAUGGCCAUGCUGGAGGAUUACAACGAUAGCGUGCGCUACGAAGGAAUGCAACCGAUCGAGGAACCAUUGAUCGUGCCGAAGAAACGCAAAUCACGCCACAUUUGUGACGAUCAUGAUCAUCUACACGAGAAGCUGCACGCGCACGAGAAGAGUGAUUCUACGAAAGAGGAAAAACCUGCUGCUAACAUUAUCCUUACGGAGGCAUCGAUCGAAGUGGCACCCCGGAAGCCUAGCCGUGACUUUUCUAAAUACAAACCCCUCGAUAAGGAGCCCGGCAUGGCCGAUCUAGCGUACGAUUCAGAUGAGGAACCUUCCAGCUCGGCGGCCGUAGUAGUAAGACCGUCUCGAACAAAGCAGGCCAAAGCGAAACAACGUGAGAGCCUGCCUUCACCGCCAGCUCCGCCAAAGUUCCAGAAAAGCCUGUCCGAGUCCCUGUUCGACAGGCAAGUGUCCAGAGAGUCUACUAGUACCCCGGUUAAAGCGGUGGUGGACGAUGCACCAAAGGCACACACGCCACGAAUGUUGAAACGCAUCAUCUCGAUGCCGGUUACGGAGCAUCUCAAUACGGACGUUCGCCCUGAAUCUCCACUACGGCCGGCAUUGACCAAAAGCUCGAGCUCCAGUUCGUUUUCCACCGUCGAUCUACAACGGUCCCGCAUCUGUGUGGAACGCUUUUCACCGGAAGAUUACGCGGGUGGUGGAGGAGCGGAUGAACUGGUGCAACCAAAGUCGAAGUUAAUCACCCGUAAGAUAUCAUGGAAAUCGAUUGAAACUCCCGCUAUUAAUCGUACUCCGACCCCAACGCAAGACCCUGCCACUAAUCCGUGCUUCACUAUCGGUGACGCCGCGGUGGUAGCCUCGUCGGGCAACACUCUGCAGCCACCGGAAGUGCCGAAACGAAAGCGAUCGAGCGCAUCGACGGAAAUGGAAACCAUCGGUGAGCGUGCGGAUGUUUCAACGCCAGCAGAACCAGCCACCGUGCCAGGGUCCGCUCACAACGAAGAACCGGCCGAUUCGGCUCUUCGCAAGUUCUGCCUCGGAUCAUUCAUCGAGUCUAGCAACGUCCUGCAGCAUCAUGAUGUGGUAAGCGUGCUGGAUCGCGUGUACAGCGCGAGCGAUAACAAGGAGAACAUUAUCGGACAGUUUCAAACGUUUCUCGAGAAUCAGAUAAACGCGGAACUGAACGAUCCAAACCCGAUCAAUCCGAAUGUGGCCAAGUUGCUGGAGAAAUUGUCGCGCACAAGUACGGCGAGUGGGGGUUCCGAUUUGGAGGACGAAAAGAUCGAACUGGUCGGAUCAAGUGCUUCAUCGAACAAUCCGUCCGAUGUGGAUGAUUGCUUUGAUCCGGAGUUUGAGAAAAUUGAAAAAUUCGAGAUCGUUGGUGAUCUACCGAAGAUCGAUAUCGCCCCGAAGCACUCCGGGAAGCGGCGGGAUAGCAUCGAGUAUAUGAGCGAUUGGUUCGGUGAUUCCGAUGGAUCGACCACGAUGCUUCCUACUACCGAGGAGAAAGCGUCAGGCGCAGCCAAGCAUAAUCCUGUGGGGGCCGCAAGAAAGCGCAGAGAAAGUAUCGAGGACGUCGGAAGCUGGUUCUCGAACCACAACAUACUGCGACCUUCAUUUGGCCAAGAAUUCGAAGAACCCAGCCGUCGAUUACGCCGCGGUUCCGAUGGUUUCCUUGGAUACGAUAUGAACCGUCAGUAUCCGUUCGGUAAAGUCCGUGAACGAUCGGAGUCACAGUCCGCCGAAAUGUUCGAGGAUAUCACAAAGCACCAAGAAAGCCCCGAGGAUAACGAAGGUACACAUUCGUUGGAACGCAAAGGACUUAUCAGGGCGUUACCAAUCCACGAGCGGAAGGUACUGGAACAUCGAAACAGUUCCGAUGCGUUGCUGAUGAAAGUGUUGAACCGAGAACAUCGAAUUAGUCACUCUUCGGCGCAUAGCAGUGCCGAAAAGCUGAACAACGAAUCCAAACCACAGGAAACGGCAAGCAAAAGGACACCAGAGCCCAGCACCACCGGUGAGGAGGAGCAGAAACCGCUACUCAGCACCGCCAGCGCAGCAUCCGUCGUUGAAUCGAACGAAGCCGUCAAACAGUCAGCAGGCAAUGAAACGAACAAGGACUCCGGGGAACCGCAUCAGGCUGCGAACGAACAUUCCACGUUGCUUAAGUUCCUUUCGAAGGAACGGCUCAUCGAAUGACCCGCUGAUACGCACUGUUCGUCCUAGUUUCUCCUAGCAGAGUCAGUAUUACUUACGAUCUACAAAACCGCACAAUUAUUUGAAGGAAUCCAAGAUUCGCUUUACCCGAGAGCUUCGCCUUAGUGCUAAUUGUUAAACAUUCAAAAU